AUGGCAGUAACAAAUCCUCAUAGCUUUAAACCCACUGAUAAAUCUAAAUCUAUGUACCUCUAUAGGUAUCAUAUUUAUUUAGAAAACACUCCGAAUUUUAGCAUUUGAAAGAAUACGAAGAUAAAAGGUACAAUACUAGAAAAGCAUCAGGAGAGGUUAUCACUUAAGCUAGAAAUUUUUAAACAAAUCCAGCAAAAAAAGGAGUGGGAAGAACAACAAUAAAUACCUUGUUUGGAAAUUAUGAAUAUAUCCCUGACCCAUACGAUAGAUAAGAAGAAUUAGAUAGGUCAGAGAGACUUAAAUAUAAGAGCAAAUUCUUACCAGGAACCAUCAGAUUUGUUUCAACUAGUCAUGGAAAUCGCCCUUUUACAUCUGAUGGAGAACUGUUAGAUGGAGCAGGAUAUGUAUUUAAUUAAUUCAUUAUAUCAAGAAUCAAGAAAAAGUUUAGCGUCCAAGAUAUACAGGGGUUUCUUUUAGGCCACCUAAUAAAAAUAAAUCUGGAUUUUAAGGAACUUUUGAAAUCUUUUAAUAUGUUGAAGAAGGAGCUCCAAUACCAAAAACAAAAUAAAAUACUUUCUCAAAAUUAUUAAAAACUGAUACUUUUGAAAGACCAUGGAGGCCUAAUUCAAAUGGGACAUUUGCUAGACCAUGUCCAAGUGUAACUGAAAAAUUAAGAAAUAAAAGUGGAGGUACUACGAGGAUUUGA